AACGUUAGCCUAGCCUCUGUUUGACCGAGAUCUCAUUCGGAUUUCUGUCAAUUUUAACUUGUCAAAAUUCUCAGCGAAAUAUAACUUCCUCUAAAUCUCAACUCACAGCUGUUUCUAAAUCAGCAUUAGCUCUGUUUUAAUUCGGCUUGUGUCCAAAACAACCUGGAGCUCUCGUUCGUGUGAUGAUGUGAACUUUCCCGAGGUUACUUCCUGGGUAUUUCCCGCAGGUUUCACACGGUGGGGGAAGAGUCAGUCUGGACAGUUUGUAAAAGUUGACUGUCGGUGGAUUGUUUGUUAGCCGAACUGGAGAACAGCUUCGAGGAGUUCCGAAAACGUCUCGAGUGACUCCUCACGACUAAAUCAUUUGAGUAAGAAAAAGAUGAGUGUCUCCUGGCAGCGAGGCAGAGAUCUGGUGAAGUCCUACCAUCUGAGCUUGGAGCAGCAGAUCGUGGGUCGAGGCUGCAGCCUGGCGGUGAAGGACGAGGAUCUGUGGAGGCGGGUGGAGGAGCUGCUGAGGGAUGGAGACCCUCAGGAGAUCCACUGCCUCAGCCUGGAUCCUCUCAGUGUGAUGGAGGAGUCCCUGAAGGCAGCAGCGUCCAGCAGGAGGAGGCUGGGACCCAGAGGAGGGCUGACAGGUCUGGCCAAAGCCUUCGAGCUUCUGGAACAAGUAGCUCUGAACGUCUACCUGGCUCCAUGGAGGGAGGAGUACCGAGUUAUCAAGAUGUACUCCGGUCUGUUCACCCACCACAUCACUCCGGUGCUGUCGCCGCCUCAGAUCAAGAAGCUCUUCGGCCUGCUGGGCUACCAGAUCAGCCCGACUCGGCCUGAGGAGCUUCUCCUCGACCCGUCCAGAAUCCGCCACCUCCUAGACGAGCUCCUCCCUCUGUCUUGUGCCUUCUUCCUGGCUCGGUGCGAGUGUCGCCUCCUGCUGGCAGCUCUGGGGAAACACGAUGGCGACGCCCAGUGGGAGCUGAGCUUAGUGAGGGAACGGCAGCAAGGAAGCAGCCUGCAGGUCGCCAUAGAAACCACCCAGAGGUCGCUGGAGCCGUUCGACGUUGAAGAGGAUCUGUACAGAGACGAGCAGGCCAAUGGAGACGGGAUGCAGCAGACGGUCGCCGCUGACGACGCCGGUCCUCACUCCGUUACCUGGACGACCCAAAGCAGCGCCGUAUCGCCGCCUGCCGCCAAAACCAACGGCGUGACGACGUCGGAUCCGUCGGAGCCCGACGCCAGCUGGAGCCCAGGCAGGAGGUUCGACAGGAGGUUCGAUGCCUCGGACUCUCUGCUGGGGGAGGCACCGGAGGCCAACCACCUCUGUAGCUGUCUGCAGUCGUAUGACCUGUGUCUCAGACGCUGCAUCGAAUGCAAUGCGCUGCACAACGUCUUCUGCGCCUCCCUUGACGUUUGCAAGCGGAGGGGCCACGAGGUGAAGGUCAUCGACGACGAGGCGAAGGAGCCGAAGGCGGCGUCGCCUCAGAGAGCCUCGCCGGCGGCCAUGUCCUCCUUGACGCUGCGCGACGAUGACCUCAAACCGACCAGCCCCACCCUGCAGCCAAUCGGCUUCCACGAAUGCUGCGACCUCGCCAAGCUCGACCCGCAGGUGUUCUGUCGCAGCUGCAGCAUCUUCCACGCCGACUCCUGCAGAGAAAGAGACUUCUGCCAGAACAAACACGACGUCCGGACGCUGGGAGUCUGCUCCUGCGGAAAGCACUGCUCCAGGAAGCCGCUGGUCCUCUGCAGGUACUGCGGCAAAGAAUACUGCAACCCCUGCUGGUACAGAACCCCGCUGAGCUGCAGCUGCGGCCAAACGUUCGACCAGUCGUCUGCCGUCUGACCCCAGGAGUUUUGCACUAAACAGGCAGAAUCCCAGUGCCUUAAACCUGCACACUGGAGACGUCUUUUUAAAAUCAAACGCUGCCUUCACUGACCGCUUUUUCUACUCUCCUCAUUGUGCCACCAGUUCUUCUCUAAGUGUCCAUAUUUACCGCUACCAGUGCAGCCUGUUACACUCUGUGCCUCUUUGGGCUUCUUCACUGUAACUAGAAGCACAACGACGUCUGUUUCCAUGUUUGCUGCCUGCAUCACAAUGCAGGAAAAAGGGUCAAAACGCCUCCAGUCUGCGUUAAAAAGUGUGUUUUAUGGUUCAUGAGCUGCUUUAGUUCGGCCACGGUGGAGUUCCAGCUAGAAAUCUGUCAUAUUUAACAUCUAACUAAGCAACAUUUUUAGAAUAUUCCACACGUUUUCAGCCCAUAAUUUCUGUUUUGAAGUUAAGAAGGUGAUUAUUAUAACAGUCAUUUAUUUUCUUGAUGAAAUAAUUAAAGGUUUGGUCGAUAAAAUGUCAGAAAAUUACAGUUUCACUGAGUUGUAGCUGCAACGAUUAGUCUGUUAAUCGAUUAAUUGACAAAUCCUUUGAUGAUUUAAUUAUCAGUUUGAGUUAUUUUUAAAAUAAAAUCUGUUUGCAGCUUCUUAAAUGUGAGUAUUUUCUGGUUUCUUUCCUCCUCUAUGACGGUAAACUGAAUAUCUUUGGACAAAACGACGUUUUUUUAAUCUUGGAUUGAUACUAAUCAACAUUUUGCACCGUUUCCUGACAUUUUAUGGACAAAACUAAGCAUUUAAUCAAGAAAAUAUUUGAAAGAUGAAUCAACAAUGAAGAAAUCUUUAGUUGCAGACAAUUCUGGGUGUUUUUUGUUUAAAAAGUGAGUGAUUUAACAAAAUUCGAGUUAGUUAUUUUCCUGCUUAUAUUCAAAUAUCAUCAAUUUUAGCCCUAAAACUAAGGUUUGUUAAAAAUAUUCUUUAGUUGAUAUUGAGACAGAGGAACCUCGAUCACACGUCUGGACAAAACUGCCAAGUCUAGUAACCAGUUCAGUGUUAAACAUUGGAAAAAAAGCAGAUAAUUAAGCUGUGAGCCCCAAUUUUAAGCCUCUGAACCCCAAAACCUGCCAGCAGGCUUGAAAGGAAUAUUUUCUUUUUUACCUAAAUGGUGAAAUGACAUCAGAAACUGUAAAAACAGAAAGGAUUGUUGCAUUUUUCUUAACUUUUUAACAGUCCUUAAAGGCAUCAUGUAGUUCUAUCAGGAAAAUUACCCAAAUCUAAGAUUAGAAUGGUAAUAUUUCAAAGUGAAACCAUUUGCAGGAUGUAAAAAUGGAAAUAGUUAAUUAUCUAUAGUAUGUGCAGCCUCUGUUAUUUUCCAAUGGACAAUUGGAAAACUGUUGUAUUGAUUCCAAGUUUGUCCAAUUUUUAUAAAAUGAGUAAUCUGACAAAUUCAGCGUUGAUAUUUUCUUGAUAAUUCUAAUUGUGACAUUUCUGAGUUCUCGCUCCUUCUGCUGGUUGUUCUGUUUUCAUUUUUCACUGCAGGAGUUUAUAUUGCAGUGGAAAAUGAGCCCACAGUGAAGAAAAAUGUGACAGGAGAAAAGAAAAAAACUUGCAGAAACUGUACAAACUGGAAAAAUCAAUGGUUUAUUUAUCUUUUUAACAGUCCUUGAAGGCAUCACAGGCAGUGGCAGUUCCAGACUAUUUCAAUUUGUGGGGGGCAGUUAAGUCAGACUGAGCUUUUUAUGUAAAUACAAGGUUGUUGUAGUCACUAUAUUAUUAUGGGCAUUAAACAGCAAAAUACAAUAUUCAAAAUCAUAUUGCAUUUAGUUCUAAUGGAUGCUUCUCUCAAACAUAAAUAAUGCAUGUUGAAGGAUUUAACUCUGGCUCAACUCAUUUAAACACAAUUUGUCAACACGUUAUUUAUGGUCUUUAUUCACGUAAAUUAUACAAUUUAUAUCAACUUUUUCAUCAGUUAUUUCUAUCAACUUUACUCAACAGGUUUUCUUGUGUCAUGCAAACAUUUAAAGAAAUAUACAUUCAACCCAGACUGAAAAACAAGAAGAAAAACUGCUCCACAUGUUAUUUCUGCUGCCCUUUAGUUUGUUACAUCAACUGAAUUCUGGGGUUUUUAUGGUUUCUUGCAACGAGGUCAACAAAUGCAUCAAGAUUCAAAGACUUUGCCCUUCCAGACUCGAUGCUUAAAACCCCUAAAUUACUCAGCCUGUCAUCUGCCAUGGUGGACCCGAGGGAAGAAGCAGCACUAACUGGAGUUGAAACUGCUAUUUUGCACAGUUUGAAGAGCUCACCAAAAUUUCUUUAUAAGGCUCAAUAAAUGAUGCCCCAAAUCCUCAAUGUUUGAAUCAUACAAUCCAACAAAUGCAAACGGAGCCUCCUCUUGGAAAAAUGCGUCACUGUUGGGGUUUAGUGUUUGGAUGCCAUUCAGAAAGAAAACGAAAGGUGGAAGCGUGACCAGAGCACCGUUACAGUUCAGAUUUUGCACACAUGACAAAACUGCAGCGUCUGUAAAUAAGCUGGCAGGAAUGAAUGACAUGAGCAAAUAAGUACAUGUGAAUAAAGAAAAAAAAGAAUAAACUGAGCUGUAAAAGA